AUGGCCACCCCCGCUGCCGCAAGGGGACGCACAGCAGAGGUCAUCGAUCUCGUAAGCAGCGAUUCUGAAGAUGAGCUCGAGGAACUGCCCCAACCUGUUGCUCGACCAGGCCAUCGCUUGCAACAUCGGCAAGAUGAUGAACCUCAGGCAGCAGCACCACAGGCCGCCAGAGACUCGCCAGUAAUACCCCACCUUGGGCCCGACUUCUUCGGAGAUCUUGAAGAGCUUCACGGCUUCGAUCUGAACGCCAUGCCAGGUGCUAUGCCAGGACUGCAGUUCGACAAUACCCCGCCCCACCCAGCAUCCCCUCAACAGGGGCCUGGUCAGUGGGUGCACAUUGACGGCGAACCGGUCUUCAUCCCAGAUAGCCCGGUGCCUCAGGCCCAACCUCAGCGGCAGGAAAUGGUGCCGCCCCUCGACCUCGAUGCCCGUGUCGUUACAGUUGAUGAUUGCGUAACUCGCGUGCUGGAGAUCUUCCCAGACGUCAGGCUCGACUACGUUCAUGAGCUAUACGGCAGCCUCGGGACACCGGGAGACUACGAAGCUCUGUCUGGUGAAGCGAGGUAUGAGCAAAUCGUCGAAAAGCUCGUGACUGGCAAUUACCCGAAGCAAGACAAGGGCAAGCAAUCUCAGAAGAAGCGCAAACGCGAGGAGGAGGAUUCAGCCGCAAUUGACACCAAGCGUUGGGAGGGCCCAGAUCGAGUGCAACUACCGCCCCACUUGAAGGGCUCUAUGGUUGCCAUGAUCAAGGCAGACUUUCCGACCAUACCGAACGCGCAGAUCCAGAAACUGCUCGGCACUCACAAACAUUUCUAUCAGACUUAUGUUGCGCUUGCAAACAUGAGAGAUACCAGCGACCCGGCUAAAGUUUGGAGAGGUCGAUCGACCAGCAGAGGUGCCACUGCCGAUACGAUUGGCGCCAACAGCGGAUCUCAAGUCAUUCUGGAGGAGCUUGCAGCGGCUCGGAAGAAGGUCGCAAGUGUGAGAGCAGAACGCGCUGCCGCCGAAUCUCUGAAGAGAGCAGAGAACGAGAAUCUUCAACGAGCAAUGGAAGCCGGCGAGACUGCAGAAUGUCAAGCAUGUUUCGAUGAUCUUCCAAUGAAUCGCCAGAUUCAUUGCAACGGUAACGUCGCUCACUUCACUUGCUUCGAUUGCGCCGCCACAUACAUCAAGUCCGAGGUCGGUGAGGGAAGAUGUCGUGUACUCUGUACUGCCGGUUGUGGAGCAGGCUUCGCUCACGCUCAAUUACACUUACUAUCCGACAAGUCACUGCUUCAGAGACUGGAGCAGCUACAGCAAGAAAAGGACAUUCGUGAUGCCGGUCUCGAUAAUCUGGAGGAGUGUCCGUUCUGCGAGUACAAGGCUAUCUUGCCACCGAUUGAGGAAGACUUCGAGUUCCGAUGUGCGAAUCCGGAAUGUGAGAAAGUCAGCUGUCGUCGCUGCAAAGCGGUCUCACACAUCCCGCUAUCGUGUGAGGAGCAUGCCCGGGAGAACGCGAAAGACAAGAACCUCAGUACUCGCCACAAAAUCGAGGAGGCCAUGACCGCAGCGCUGAUAAGAUCAUGCAAUAAGUGCAAGAAGCAGUUCAUCAAAGAAUAUGGCUGCAACAAGAUGACUUGUCCAUCAUGCGCCAACCUCCAAUGCUACGUUUGUUCCGAGUCGCUGAAGGACUACAACCACUUCGAUCAAGGACCGGCAGGGCCUCACAGGGCUGGUCAAGCAGCUGGAGCAAAGAAGAAGUGCCCUCUAUACGACAAUGUUGAAGAGCGGCAUGAGCGUGAGGUCAAAGAAGCGGAAGAUGCAGCACGAGCCGCGGCUAAGGCAGACAACCCAGAUGUGACAGACGAUGAUGUUCAAAUCAAAGUGUCGGAUUCUGUUACGAAGGCCACCCAGGACCGCAUCAGCAGAGGCGCUGUCCCCGAAGGUGCCGGAGGUGCUUAUCCAGGACUUCACUAUGCAGGACUCCCAGGUAUACCUCGUCCCGCGUUACCCCUUUUUGCCCACAGACAGCUUGGUAACAUGAUGGCUGACUUUGACGAGGACGGGGAUGAUGACGAAGACGGGGAUGAUGAAGCAGAUAUGUUUUUGGGUGGGUUCGCCCCACAAGCCGUUCGUGCUCGAAGGGUCGGCGAUGCUGUUCGGAGGGCCGCCCGAGCUCGAAGGGCCGACGAUGCAGUUGAGAGGGAUGCAAUACGACAGAGGCUUCGAGAAGCGGCCCAGGGUCACCCUCGGCAUCAAAUAGGACCACUUCCACCGCGAGUAGCACAGCAGUUUCAACCCCAACCGGGAGCUGGACUUGGUCAAUUUGGACACUUGCGCGGUGUAAUACCCGUCUUUGACCCACCAGCAGCUGAUAACGACGGUCUGUUUAGGGACAUCGAUAUUCUCGGUCAGUUCGCUCAAGUACUCAAUCGGGCAGAAGGCGGACGUCAUUAUCCCGGCCAAGGCGGUCGAGCGCCACAGCAAGCGGCAGAUGGUCCUGGGGGCGACCCGGGCGCUGGUCGACCUCUUGGGCAACUCAACGAUGGACGCGACGCUGUGCCUGGUGUCUUUGGUGGAAAUCCUUUCUUUGGUGGUGCAAAUCUCGGUCCAUUCUUGGAUGACCCACGCUGGCUCAAUGACGACCUGGGCGCUGCUGGGAAUGGUCAUAAUCCUCCUCAGCGAGCUGAAGCUCCGCCGGACAACGACGACCAACAACUACAACAACCACAACAGGCAAGAGAGCGUCGACGUCUCGUACUCCACGGGAUGCAAGGGCGUCAUGGUGGUCGAGAUCUGGCUCAAGAUCUGGCUCGGGGAGAUCCACGUCGUCGACACGAGCAUAGAGGAUGA